GAUUGAGCUGGCGGUGGUGGUCCAGAUGAUUGCAGAGGAUACUGGAGGCCACAAGUCAAGUUAUCUGGGCCCACCAACAAGUUUAAGUGUGAAGGAACGGACAGGGGAAAUUGAAGAUAAGAUCACAUGUGCCUGAUCAUGUGACCAUGCACUGCCACCUCUCAAACAUAUAUAAGACUGGCCUCAUCAAAUCUUGCUGAUUCCCUUCUUGCUUUUGACCACUACAGUUGCUUCUACUGUCUUGCUCCUUUGCAGCUUCCUCUGGUCUAUUAAGUCAUCUGACUUAGUCAUUUGAUCCUAUCUAUUAUCAACUAUCAUGAAUAUGGAUCUAUGUUACAGUCUUGUGAGACAUCUCUGGUAAAUGCACUACCAGCUUUUUGAUAACUUGAUUGGCAGAAUGGGUUUCAAGAUCUGUUUCAAGCAAUGGAAUCAGAGUCCAUAGCACUCGAUCUACUGCUUCAAACCCAGGUCUAUGCAGUCAAGAACUAUGUGGAACCUGAGAUCUUUGUGGAUAGUGUCUUUAUGUGACAAUCAACAAGAAAUAAUGUCAAAAAGAGAAGUCAAUUUGAAGACUGGAGAAUACAACCAAGUAGCUACAGUAUUUAUAUCCAAGUCUAGUCUGAGUCAUAUCUACAACUAAUAAGUCAUAAGGCUAUGUACCGCAUGG